UUUUAAAAAUAUUUGGAGUCAAAACUAUGGCGUCAAAUUUCAAAAAUAACAAAGAAGACCUGGUCAAGUCUGGCCUGGCCCAUCUAAUCACUGAAGUUUGAGGAAUCGAGGAAGGAACAAAAAAUUUCCAGUUGGCUGAAGAAUUUGCCCUAUCAAACAUCGAUCACCAUCAAUUCUUAGAUACAAAUCCCAACCAAGUUGAUAGCAGUAUCACAAAUCUGGUGGAGAAGUUCACCCUCAACAACAAAGAAAAGGAGGGCAAAGAGCUGAAAACCCUCUACGACAUGUUUUUGGCUAAGAAGAUACCAGGCAUUGUUGAAAGUGUCAACCACUCGGCUAUUCUUAUGCUCUUGUGCAUUAGCGAAAGCCCCGCUAGAGGGAGCUAUACCCUUCCUGACAAUCUGAACUUCAGUGAGAAGCGAGAACGCCGUCUCCUAAAGGAACAGGAAGCUCUCGAGAAGCUCGAGAAAGAAAUCAAGAUGGAACUAGACAAUAACGAGGAACUCAAACAAAUCAAAGAGGACUGGAAACGUGAGGUUGAAGAAGAGCAAGACAGUGACUGGUCCCAACUCGAAGACGAUGAGCAACAAGACAUGCAGAUCGAUGAUAGAGGUCAGUUCGAAGGCCAGCCAGAUGCCCAACAAGAGUUUCUGGACACUAGCCAACUCUCUGAAGAUCCUAGACAGAUUUUGAAGGAGAUCACUGCUGCUGAAUUUGGGGCUACUCCUAUUCACUAUAAUCCCUCCCCUGAAGCAGGUAAGAGUCUCUCAAGAAUCCCAGAGGAGAGACCUGAUGAAGAAAUGGAUGAUGAUAAAGUCCUGCAUAAAUUACUCAAAAUUCGAAGUUUCAAGGAGAUCUAUUCCUGCAUGGUCGAAAGCAAGAGUCGCACAGAAAUCGAGCAAGAAAUCCAAUCUUCUCAGCCUAGGCUAAAAGAAAGCAGAUAUAAAUCAGAUAACAAGACCCAACAGGUUGAAUCUUGUAUCCACGAACCUAUGAACUUAAGCUAUUUCUACUCAAAUCAAUUCAAAGAGAACGAGGUUAAUGAUUCUACAAGUUUCGCUUCAAAACCAAAGAACUUAAUGCAAAGGUUAGGCCCAGUCUUGAAAUGGCCAUACAAAACAUUGACUGAGAGGCUAAUCAUCAAUGACAUCCUUCUGAUGCUCAAAGGACUCUCUAACGAUACCUUUAAAAAGCAAGGCUUAACGUUCACUCUAAAGGAGGAAAUCCAAGUUAAACAUCUCUCACCACUCUCAUUACAGAGCAUUCUGCAAUAUUUCAUGAAAAUUGCGCAAUUCCUCCUGAGAAUCCAGGACAAAAUAGAUAUGACCAACUGGUCUAGAGUAGGCAAGGUCUACGAGGGAUUUCAAUACUCUAUAAUAAGGAACUUCAACUUGCUCUGACAAGAGCUCAACAACUUGUACACUCUCUUCUGCAUGCAAUCUGGGAAGAUUCCCAGAAACAAAUGCAGAAUCAGUGGAAAAUUAGUAAAGUCUUUAGAGCAUAAGGAGAUUACUCUGAUCAGCCUGAAAUAGCACGAUCGAGAUCAUUGAGCCCUAUGUCAUGGUCUACUACGACAUGCUCACUAAAGCAGUCCCCAUGAACUUCGAUGCCUUUGAAGAGGAAAAGGAGAAGGGCCUCUCCGACAUCUCCCAUAGUGAUGAAGAGUCAUUAUCAGAACGAUCGGAGAUCAAAGAGGAGAUGAACAGUCUCAUUGGUGAGCAGCUACUCACAAAUGAAGCUAAGACUGUGUAUCUGCUCAACUAUCUCCACUCUUUCAUCAAUAUCAACUGUUCGAACAUAAUGGAUAGAGAGCUGAUUGAGGUAAUCAUAGAGAUCUUCCUUGACUCAUUAAUUCCGUACAUGGAAAUAGUUGACUCCUGGUUCAAAGAGGAUACCUUUGACAGCACAGCUGAUGAUGAGCCCUACGAGAUCAAAAUAAAUGACCUCCCAAGGUUCCUCAAGCCAUUUAUGAAAGAAAUCCUCAACAUCCGUAGAUCCCUCAGUGUGAUCCAGGAGACCAAAAAGGAGAUGUUCCUCACCAUGGAUGAAGACAUGGACACCGAAUUCGAACAGUACAGAACAUGAGAUUUCCUCACCCUUGUGACCAAGAGAAUCAAGAAGAACAUUAUACUCAGGAAAAGCCCACUAAAUCUGGACGAGUACACUUUUGAAGACUUACCACCAGAGACACUUUACUACGACAAGAAAUACAACAUCCAGGAUAGGCUGCAGCAGGCUUCUCAGAUGCAAAACAGGUGUGUGAAGUUAUCAUCCAUGGAGACCAUCAUCGACCGGCAGUUGGUAUCCGAGCUGAAGAAGGCCCCUUUUGCAUUCAAUGUAACACGGGAGAGCGGACUGGAGAACAACUUUGGAAUUCCUUCUUUCUCCACCAUAGAGAUGAUUAAUGAAGAAGGAAGCAUGAUACCUCUCCAAGAGACUUAUAGCUCUGCUCUAGUGAACCAGAUGAGCUAUGGAAGCUCCCAGCAUCAGCAAAGGUUGGAGAAGAUGAUCAAUGAUUACAAAGGGCUUAAAAACUACUCAGAAGAGGAGCUCUCUGUGUACAAAGGAGCCAUGCAGUAUUACCAAGAUGAUAUGACUUUUGAAAAAUAUCUGGACAGUCCUUCACUAGAAACUUCUGAAGAGGACCACUACUUCUACUUCAAAACAUCAACUUUGGAUAGCUUCCUUAGGGAGUGCAUCAUCGUCCCACUUAAAGAGAAAUAUGAUGAAGUUGGCAAGAAGUUCAACAAAACCGUUAUUAAGGACUUCAAGCUUGAUGAAACCUUUAAGUUCAUUCGACAAAUAUAUUUCAUGGAGUCUGGGAAAGACAUGGCACUCUUCUCCAGCACACUGUUCGAGAAGCUUGAUGAAUAUUCAAAAUGAGAUAAUGAGAAUGAAAUCAACGGUAUUUUACAAGAGAGUUUAAGAGAUCUAAUAACAGAUGAAAAUGCAGAUCUAGUAAAUUCUCUUGAGGUAGAAUUCCCUGAAGACUUAGUUAUCCCGAAAUACCUCACCACUCAAAUUCAGGCAUUGGACCAUAUAAAUAUCACUUUCACUACAAAUUCGCUGCUUGAACAAAUUUUCGACUCCAAAUCCUUCACAGAGUACAACAAGUGUCUUAACUUCUUGCUCAAAAUUCAACGCUGAGUACACCUACUCUCAAAAUCCGACUUGUGGAGGCACCCGCCUGCAGCCAGCACAAGUGGGAGCAGGACUAGUCGCUACUUCAAACUACAGCACAAGCUGCUUAUAUUCCAGCGUGAGCUAUUACAUUUCUCAAAGACACUGGAAACUUACCUAAAAUCGCAGAUUCACUACUACUCGACUACGUUCACAACCACUUUACCCAAGAUUCAGACGUUGCCUGCGCUGCAGGCGCUGCACAGGAACUUCCUGUCAAAAAUCCUGACGCUGACGCUGCUUGGCCCUGACCAGGGCAAGCUGCACAGUACGAUACUGAAUGUACUGAACAAUGGAGUGACUCUUCGGGAGAUCUGGAAGAGAUUCGCAAGCAACUAUGAUUUAGACGAUCUGGAAGCCCUAGAAGGCCUCCAGAAGGUUAACCGGGAAUUCGAGAGUUUGAAGGAAAAUCAUAGGAUUUGAAUGAGAUUUGUGGUAGGAGUACUAGGGAAAAGUGGAAUGGGAGAUGUGUUGUGAAGAAUGGAUUUUAAUGGGUUUUAUGAGCCUGGGAGGUAUAAUCUAGGACGCACUUAACUCAGGUUUGCAUGCCAGCAACCUCUGAAGGUAUCUCUCAUAAUGAUCUAUCUUCAAGAGCAGAGUCUUAUCAGGCCGAGACCAAGAUGUGGAGCUAGUCACUAGCCUUGACCACAUCCUUGAAUUGAUCUCAUGAGAUUUAUAUUUAGCCUGAAUAUUUCCA